GUUUUCUUUUCUUUUUUGUUGAACAAAAAAAAAAACAGUUACUAACAAGAAGCUAGAGUUAUAGCCAUGGGGGUUGUUUCCCCAAAUCAGAUUUUCGACAGUGUAGAGCAAAAAAGGCUUAAUGCAAAGUUUUACAGUUGGGCGUGUUCUUGUAUUCCUCCCUUGUCAUUCUUUCAAUUUAUCAGAGGAUGAUGCAAUGCUUUUUGGAGUCAUAUGUGAUGUAAUUUGCACCGCUAUAUAAUGAAAUUCAACAAAUGAAGUUUGAGAAACUGAGCCCAUGUGUUUGUUUUUGGGAACGCCGGUUAGCUAUUUCUCACAUGGUAUUCAAAGAAUUUUGCUUGGCCUUAUGUAGAGGGAGAUAAAAUGAUGUAUCAAUUGAUUGUGCCUCGACCAUGUUCAGUCAGCUACAUCGACCUCUAUGGGCAGUACCCACUGGACCUUCUGCCAGUGAAUGCCAGGAGAGGAAGCAAGGCUUGCAUGCCCUGCUCUGCUUUAUCACCAACAAAAUCAGCCAAUGCCAGUGCAAAACCACCUCCCUUCAAAGAGAGCUACAAGAAUCCCAAAACCAUUAUCUUGCUUCAAAUGUGCCACGACGUCCAGGAAAUCAGACAACUACAUGCUCAAUUGAUCAUGUCAGGACUGAUCGGACACCCCCUGAAUGCCGGUAGGCUGAUUGAGACGUGCGUUUCUGCAUGCCAAAUCGACUAUGGUUUAGCAGUCUUUAACACAACUCUUUCUCCCGAUAUAUUUGCCUACAAUACAAUUAUUAGAGGCCUAAUACUGGGUAAGUGCCCUCAUGAUUCAAUCUUACUAUAUGAUAAACUCUUAUUGCGUGGCCUAACACCUGACAACUACACUCACACAUUUUUUCUCAAAGCAUGUUCGCACGCGAAAGCCCUUUCCGAAGGUAAACAAGUGCAUGGCCAGAUAAUUAAGGCUGGAAUAAGAUCAGAUACUCACGUUCAUAGCUCGCUAAUACAUAUGUAUACGAAUUCAGGUUGCCUAAGUUCUGCAGAACGAGUUCUUGCAGAAUUCUCUGAAGAGAAUGUACUUGCUAAGAACUCAAUGAUUACCGGUUACAUGAAUCACGGUGAUAUUGACACUGCUAGAGAAAUGUUUGAUACAAUGAACAUAAAAGAUACUGCAUCUUGGAGUGCAAUGAUAACAGGAUACACAAAGAAUGGAAUGUAUGGGGAGGCAUUGUUGAUCUUCAGAGAGAUGAUGGCUUCCCACAUCCCAUUGAACGAAUCAACCCUAGUGAGUGCACUAUCUGCCUGUUCCCAUUUGGGAGCACUGGAUCAGGGAAGGUGGAUACACACUUAUCUUGACAAAAAAAUCGUCAAGAUUAGUGUCUAUCUAGGAACUGCUCUUGUGGACAUGUAUGCCAAGUGUGGAUGCAUUGAGUGUAGUUAUGAGGUCUUCAGGAAUAUGCCCCAGAAAGAUGUGGUGACAUGGGGAGUUAUCAUUUCUGGAUUUGCCAUGCAUGGACAAGCCUUAAAAUGUUUCAAACUAUUUCAAGAAAUGGUUGAUAAUGGGACUCACCCGAAUGAUGUUAUCUUCGUGGCCAUCCUCACUGCAUGCUCUUUUGCCGGGCAUGUUGAACUGGGCCACCGGUAUUUUGAUCAGAUGGUGCAUUACUAUGGCAUUAGACCAUCCAUCGAACAUUAUGGAUGCAUGGUAGACCUCCUUGGUCGUGCUGGUAGGUUGACAGAGGCAGAGGAACUUAUCUCAUCAAUGCUGGAAAAACCAAAUUCGGCCAUAUGGGGUGCAUUACUGAAUGCUUGUAGGAUACAUAAAGACGUGAAGAGAGGGGAACAUGCAUUCAAGCAGCUAACUGAGUUGGAGCCGACAUCUGGUGAGAGGUAUAAGUUAGCAGCUCAUUUGUUUGCUGAUGUGGGGGAGAGAGAAGAUGCAAAUGAACUUAGGAAAUUUGUGAAGGAUACAAAUGCAGAGCCAAUAUGUGGGUCGAGCUUCAUUGAGGUGGAUGGCAUGGUUCAUGAGUUUGUGGUGGCAGAUAUUGAUCAUAGCAGGGCCAAAGAUAUCUAUAGGAUGUUGCAGGGAUGA